AUGAGCAUUAAUCCCUCACACAAUUUGCUUCUUCACUGUGACCAGGAUGAAUUACAAGAGAAAGAGUCUAAUGCUGAAGAUGUGGCAGUUGGGCAGGAUAUUAAUUAUGAGAAAAUUGAGGAAGUUGGCAGUGAAUAUAGUGAAGAAAUUUCUACAACUAUACAAAAACCCACUACACUGUGCAUCAUAAUUGAUAAUGAUUAUGGUGAGAUACGUCACUAUAAUAGAAUCAGCAAUAAAAGAUUACAAGAACUUUGUUAUGAAAAGAAUGGUGAGCAUUUGCAUAUAUGUCAUGGUUCAGGAAAUAUUGUAAAUAUAGGAUGUAUUGCAAAACAUUCAGAUGAUAUUACAACUGCUCUUUAUCAUUUUGCAAGACUAAUUGAGAUUGUGGCAGACUUGUUUGUGAUUAAUGCAGCUUUCAAGGUCAAAAAGUUAGAUUUUUCUAAACAGUUAAAACAAUUUAUAUUGAAACCUAAAAAAUGUAAAAAAUUUGGAAAAUCACUUGCUCUUGAAAUUUUAAGAUUACAUGCUAGUUUAUCCUCCUAUAAGAAGACAUUAGAAAGUCCUAAGUCUUUACAACAAUAUUAUGAAGCAAUGCCAAAAUGUUUAAUAAGCUUCUUUGAUGCACAUGCAUUCAGAAGCUGGAAAUUCUGGCUUCCACAAAUAGUUGGAUCUUUUUGUGAACGGCCCAAGCUUGCAUCAUAUUUACGUGCUAUUCUUCGUGCUGCAAAUAUAGUAGCAUACUCCAAAGAUUAUGAGUGGAUAGGAAAACUUACUCAAAUCUUCAACCAGUUAAUAAUUGAAUAUCCAAUAGAAUUUUGUAUGAGUAAAAUAAAUUCUGCACUCAAAGAAGCAGUAGGAAAGAGAUGUAAA